AAAUCACAAGUUGGUCACAUUGAACGUCAAGAUCCCUUAACCUUAAACUUGUGUUUUCACGUUUCAAAUGCAGCACGUGUGUUUUAUGAAUCGGUAAAAUGGGCAGAAAAGCGCGGUUUAACACGGAAGGAGUCCUCGUUAAACGAGGGCCUGGCAAAAAGGCAAAAAAACAAAAGGACCCGACGUUUCCGAAAGCGUUACUCAAUGGUGAUUCCGACGCGAAAAAACUGAGCCACAGACAGAAACAACGUUUGAAGAAAAGACUAGUUAAGAGGAAAGAUGUGGCAAAAGUCGCUAAAGAAAGUAGUGAGUCAGAGCAGGAGGAUGAAGAAGUGUGGUUGAAGCCUUCUGUGAGUCAAAAUGACACGAAGGUUUUGCCUGGCGAGGGUUUCACGGACGAUAACAAGUCCUGGCUGAAGCCCAAGCGGCAAGUUGUGAUUGAAUCUGAGGAAAGUGACGAGGAGGAUUGUAAAGUAGGGACUUUGAACGACGUUUCGGACGAUUCUGAACCUGACGAUGACGACCUUCUCCCGAUUGAAAAGGAGAACAAGAUACUUAAGCAGCAACAAGAUGAGGAGGAGCAGCUCGCUGAGGACGAGCUCCAAAUGAACAUUGCAGACAGCGAAAAGUUCAAACUCCCGUCAAAGAAAGAACGCGAAGAGACCGCAAGUUUGCAGGAAGUGCAACAACGCAUCCGUGACGUGAUCGGAGUCCUCUCCGACUUCACCAAACUCCGCGAUGAGAAACACUCACGUUCCGACUACUUGGAGAUGCUAAAAGCCGAUCUUUGCACCUACUACAGCUACAACGACUUCCUAAUGGAGAAGUUCAUGCAGCUGUUCCCCCUGACCGAAGUUUUGGAGUUUCUUGAAGCCAGCGAAGUCCAAAGACCGUUGACCAUCCGCACCAACAGUCUGAAGACGCGGCGUCGCGACCUGGCCCAGGCCCUGAUUAACCGCGGGGUUAACUUGGACCCGGUGGGAAAAUGGAGCAAAGUGGGCCUCGUUGUGUAUUCUUCCCAAGUUCCGAUCGGGGCGACCCCUGAGUAUUUGGCCGGUCAUUACAUUAUUCAAGGCGCUUCGAGUUUGCUACCGGUCAUGGCGCUAGCGCCGCAAGAAAACGAGAGGAUUCUGGACAUGGCGGCGGCCCCCGGGGGCAAAGCCUCGCACAUCGCCGCGCUGAUGAAAAACACGGGGGUCUUGUUCGCUAAUGAUGUCAAUAGCGAGCGAAUCAAGGCAAUCGUCGGGAAUUUCCACCGGUUGGGGGUCGUUAAUUCGGUCAUUACGUGCGUGGACGGCCGAAAAUUCCCGAAAAUUUUGAAGGGAUUUGACAGGGUCCUGCUGGAUGCGCCCUGCACCGGGACGGGGGUUGUGGCGAAGGACCAGAGUGUCAAGACUAGCAAGGACGAGCAGGACAUUCAGCGGUGCUAUAAUUUGCAAAGGGAGUUGCUCUUGGCGGCGAUUGAUUGCCUUAAUGCCAAGUCGGAAACCGGCGGAUAUUUGGUUUAUUCGACUUGUUCGGUGUUGCCGGAAGAGAACGAAUGGGUGGUUGAUUACGCUCUGAAGAAGAGGAACGUUAAGUUGGUCGAUACGGGACUGGAAUUCGGGAAUGAAGGCUUUACGAAUUAUAGACAGUUUAGGUUUCACCCGAGUUUGAAACUGACGAGGAGGUUUUACCCGCAUACGCAUAACAUGGACGGGUUUUUUGUGGCCAAGUUUAGGAAAUUCUCAAAUUUGAUUCCGACGACUGCGGGCGAGGAGCAGGGCGAAAAGAGGGAAUUGGAGGAGGAAGUGGAGGUUGAGGAAGUUAGCACUAAAAAACAGAAAAAGAAUGGAGAAACGCAGCCGAAAAAGGCGAAGAAAAGUAAGGAAAAUAAUACGAGUCAACAAGAACUGAAGGAGAAAAGUAAAGAAAUUAAUACGAGUAAACAAGAACAGGACGAGGAAGUGAAGACUAAAAAACAGAAAGCGAAAAAGGUUAAGCAAAAUGGGGAUAUUAAGGACAAUAAACAAGAAAAAAAUGCGGUUGUAGAUGAUGGUAAGAAGAAGAAAAAUGUAGUGCAAAAUAGUAAAGCGGAUACGAGGAAAGAAGGAACGAAUUCGCCGAAAGAUAACAAAUUGAAAAAGGAAAAGUCCGCAAGUCCGGGCAAGAAGAAUGUGAAGACUGGUGAAAAACUCGAUUGGGACAAAAUUCCGAAAGAAGCUAGUGUGAAGCUUAAUAAAAAGAUUAAGAAAGUUAAGAAGAAACAAGUUGGUGUUAUGAAGAAUAAAAUGUUCAAAAAGAAGCAUACAUAAAAUCAAUCAUUUUUAUUUAAAUGUUCAUUUUUUAUUAAUAAAAAUAAAGCAAUUAUGAUUAAGUAUA